AUUGCACCUUCCCCGAUACUGUACAUACUCCUCAUUUGCAUAUUGAACCUACUGUUUUGUUGAAGACUUCGAAUACCUCUUACACUUCAUAACACCUUACCUUUGAACACUUUGGUAUCAUGGAAAAUAAAAGAUCGGAGGAGAGUGCUGAGAAGUCGUUGCCGUUGACGAGGCAUUCUGAUAUUAGGUUGGUGUUGGAUACGCCGAAAGGCAGAGGAGUUUUUGCAGCGGCGCGGAUACCAGCACAUACUAUCGUGGAAACCUGUCCGGUAUUAGUCCUCGACCCGACAGAAAACAAAAAUCACGUGGAAAAGACGGAGUUGUUUCACUAUACAUACAACUGGCCCCUCACAAACCCCCUCACCAACCAAAAAACCACAACCCAAGCAGUAAUCCUCGGUCUCGGCAGCAUGUUCAACCACUCCUCCGUACACCAAAACAUCGGCUGGGAAAGGGAUAUCAAAAACGGUGUCGUCAUAUACAAGACUUUACGCGAUGUAGAGGAAGGAGAGGAAUUGUGUAUAAGUUAUGGAGAUAGACUGUGGUUUGAAGAUGCUGAUGUGGGGAAAGGGGAGGAGGAGGAGGGGGAUGGGAUGGACGUGUUGGGUGGGAUUUGUGUUGAUGUUGAUGGUGAGGAGGAUGAGAAUGAGAAUGUAUAGAGGGGGUUGGGAAAUUCAGACUUGUGUUGGAGGAGAAAGAGUGAUCGAUUCAUAUCGUACUUUCUUUGGAAAGGGGACGAAACGGUUCGAGAGAAAGUGAAAGGCCAGCGCAAGCAAGCACGCACGCAAACGAGGCAGGA